UCUGGGUCAGGGUGCCGUCUGCAUCUUUUCUCUGACCUUUCUUUCUUUGUGAAGCAGUCCCUCUAAUCUAUUGCCAUCUCCAUCCCUCCUCUAAUUAUCUUGAUAAUGGCAUAAUUGAGUUUUGGUGUGAAACCCAACAAAACCAAGACUCCUAUGGGAACUUAGUGUUUAGUCGGACUUUAGGGAAGUUGACAGAAGAGAAUAUUAAAUUCAAUGGGGUGACGGGGUCCAGUUUUUCUUUUGUUUACUGACUUUGUUAUUGUGUACAUGGAAUAUUGACUGAGAAUGGGUAUCAAGUUGGGAAUGACUUGGCGUGUGGCUCUGUUUUUGAUGUGCUUGAUUGAGAUCACUAUUUCCACAAUAGAUGUAAGGCGAUACUGUCUUGAGAUAAUGUCAAUUUGGCAAUAUGAAGGCCUCGUGUGCCAUGGCCAGAUCCCUCUAUUCAGUUUGUCGUCAUGUGUCCCUGGCAGAUUUUAGCACAUGGCUUUGUCUCGGCUGAAAUUGAUUGAAGAUUGCUCUUCUGCAGGUCUUUUGGAAUGGCCGUUCCAAAAUAAGUUUUUUAUCGGUGAAAUAAACAUCUAAAGUUAAAUGGUGUCAGUGACAUCAUGAAAUAUCUGAUUGCAUGAAGAACUGGUGUGAAAACAAUUAGCAGCUUCUCUAUACAUACAGCUAUAAUUAUUAAUUACUAGUAGUUGACAGAUGGCACAUUCAGAAAAGAGAGGACAUUUUACACAAGAGGCAGAAAGAUAGAGAGUUUAGGGGAAAAAAUCAAUCAUUUUGUGAUGUUUGAUGGAGAAUGUUGUAAUAUUUUCUCAGGGAUGGACAAAGCAGGAAAUAUUGUAGCAUGGAGCUUGUAGCUAGUGACUGAUGGCAACUUCCUUUACAAGCUUGAACACAGAUAAAUUACAGAUGGAUCUGACCGCUGGACCAUACCUAGAGUACCCUGAUGGGACUGUGCCAAUGGUGACGAAAAUGAACACUGGUCGGAUGUCGCCUGUUCGGUCUCGCACCAUGAAAGAAUACGACUCGCAAAUUACAGACUUGAAGAAAGAGAACUUUAAUUUAAAGUUACGGAUUUAUUUCAUGGAAGAGAGAAUGCAGCAGAGAUUAGGGGAUGGAGAUGAUGUGUUUAAAAUUAAUAUUGAACUAAAAGUGGAAGUAGAGACCUUGAAAAAAGAAUUGAAAGAAAAACAAGAGUUACUGAAAAAGGCAUCGGAAGCGAUAGAAGCCCUGGCCGCCAAGCGAGAGGAAGACCUGCAAGAAAUCCGAGAGGAGCUAGAGCAGGAAAUGUCGAGCACCAGGGCCAGACUGGAGGAGGAGGUGGAGUGUAAAAAGAAGGAGGUAGAAGCUUCCCAGAAGUCUCUACAAGAGGCCACUCACCAGCUGACCGAUCUGGAGAACAGGAAUGAACAGCUGGUGAUGGAAAUCCGGCAUCUGGAGCAAUCCAAGGAAAUCCAGCUUCAGUCACUGAAAGAGGAUUUGGAUGCUCAAAAAAGGGAACUAACAGCUCAGAUAGCAGAGAAUCAGCAAAACCUGGGAGAGAUGGACCAUCUCCUGAAGAUGAAGGAAGACCUAGAGGAGAGGGUGGAAUCCCUGGAAAAGGAACUCUCCCGGAAAGACCGCGAUAUGGAGCAUUUGUCAUAUAUUGUCAAAGACACCACACAGGUAGAGAGUCAGUCCUUCCUGGCCCCCCGCCACCUACAGGAUGAGGUGGAUGAUCAGAAAUCUGAAUUGUCUACCUUGAAAUCCAAAGUGGAAGAUCUCAAGGAAGAUGCUAACAAGAAAAAUGAAAUGAUCGGAAAACUGGAAGAUCUGCUGAAAGCCAAUGAGGAAGAAAAGAAAGAUGCACUUAAAAAACUUAAAGAGUCAGAAAACAAAUUGCAAAAGCAGAACGACUUACAGCCACUAUGGGACUCGACGGUUAAAGGGCUGCAUCAGGACUUGAAAAAAAGAAACAAGGAGAGUUUUAUUUUUGAGUUAACAUAUUUGGAAAUUCAGGUUGAUGACCUGAAAGACAAACUGGAGAGGAAGGAGGAGGAGCUACGACAGUGCCAGGAUGACCUGCACUCCAUGUCAGUCAAGAAGCAGAAGGAAGUAGACAAACAGCAUGAAGACAUUGUGUUUUUAGAAGACAGUUUGUCCAGCAUGAAAGUUCAACUGAAGGAAAGAGAACUGCAAGUGGAGAACUUGCUGAAAAACCUGGGUAAGAAGGAGGGCGAGCUGGAGGGGUUCAAGGAGCUGCUAAACAAGGCGGAGACAGCUCUACGGCAGAGUGAGGAUGCUGUACAGGAUCUUCAGUGCCAGCUUAAGAAAGAAAAAGAGAUUGCUUCAGAGGACUACAAAUCUCAACACCUACAGUUUAAGGUGGAUGAUUUUGAGGCUCAGCUACAGACCAAGGACAAGAUCAUCCAGCAGCUGACAGAGGGACUGAAGGACAAGGAGCGGCAGAUGCAGCAGUGUAUGGAGAUCUUCAGACCCACCCCACAGGAGGACGGCUCUGUGAAAGACAAAUGGAUCCGAGAGUUGCAGAGUAGGCUCCAGGAGAAGGAGAAUGCUGUAGAGGAAUCGCUGAAUGAGAAAAUGAAGUUAGCUGAUGAGAAGGAUGCAGAAAUUCGGCAGUUGAAGCGUGAAAUUCGUGACAAAGAGCAUGAGAUGGAUCGAGCCAAUCAGAUGUUGCUGACAGCAGAACAGACCAUCGAGUGUCUAGAGAAGGAGGGAGAUGAAAAAGACAAGACACUGAAACAGCUGACAAAUGCACUGAAGGCGGCUCAGCAGUCUCUAGAGGAUGCAGUGGCAGAACACAAGCAGGAGAUGCAGAAGAAAAAAGAUGAGAUAGAAAGAUUGAAGAAAGAAAUAACAGUACCAGAUGUGGAAUCAAAGGGAUCAGAGAAUGCAGAUACAAUGAAUAGCUUGCUGAGGAAAUUACGCGACAAAGACGAAGACUUGCUGAAACAGGCAGAAAAACACGACAAUGAAAUAAACAAGCUGGACAAGGAAAUUCACAACCUUAAAGCAGAGCUUGCCAAGGUUCAGAGAGAACUCCAGGCUGUGGAAAACCGGUGUGGGUGGUCUGAAAAAAGAAAUCAAGAUACCCUGGAUGAUUUAAGAGAGACGAUAAAAGAAAAGGAUAAAAUGAUACAGGCAUUAGUUGCUAGUGGACAAGAUAAAGAGAGACUAAUUGGUGAUCUUCAAGGUGUAAACACACCAGUAGAUGUUGUCAGCCUCCAGAAUCAGCUAGAAAAACUCAAAAAUGAACUGCAGGACAAAAAUGAUUUGCUUGAUUCCUGGCGAUUCAGUGAAAAUGAUCAAGUUACCAGUGAGCAAAUGGACAAUCUGAAAUCGGAACUGGAGGCAGCUAAAGACGAUCUAAGGAAGGCCUUUAGGAGGGAGGAAAUCAUUCAACAAGAACUGUAUGACCAUAGACAGAAAUUUCCCACGCAGGGAGGAGAGAGGCACAAGGUGGAGAUAGAGGUGCGGAAUGUGUGUGAGCAUCACUCCGAGGGCAGCCCUGGACAGACGGGUCAAGGUCAAACGGAGGAUGAAGGUCAAAAGUUAAAGAGUGCACUUGAAAAACAACUGUCAGAGCUAGAGAAGUUAAGUGAGGCCAUCAAAAGGGAAAGACAAAUCAUACAGGACUUGAAUGAAAUUGAACCAAAAAUAAAUGGUGCUUUUGAUAAUGAUUUGGAGACAGAGUUGAAAAAAGUGCAAGAUUUGCGAAAAGAAUUGGAGACCGUUCUGGAUAAGAACAACAAGAUGACAACCAACUUGCAACAGCAGUACAUAAUGUAUAAAAGGAAGUUCAGUGAUGAUUACACGACUGGAAUGGUGAGUGAGUUGACCUCUGACCUGGAUGGACUGAAGAGAGAACUAGAGCAGAAGAAGCAUGAGAACAACACCCUGCUGGCUCAACUGUACGACAUCCAGUACAACCACAGGGACCACGACAUGCUGCACGAGGGGGUGCAGACAUCCCCACGGAGCGAGAAUCGCUGGAGCAUGUCCUCCAGUACUAGUUCCUCAUCCUCGCCGGAGUUUGACGUUCCUCUGAAUCGGCAGACCUUGUCAGACAUGAGUGCUCCUAUGCUGAGGCGCUACAUCCGACAAAUCCAGAAGCAGCUCGAUAUCUCUUCACACGAGAAGGAGGAGCUUCAGGAGAGGUUGAAUCUGUCGCAGAGAGUGAAUGCUCGGGAAAUUCCAGGAAAGAAUGAGGAUGAUUUUAACAGUGUUCCCCAUCUCAGAAUGGAGGUUCAGAGUUUGCAGAGCAAGUUGUCUGCAGUAGAGAGUGAUUUGAAAGUGUUGAGAAAGAAGUUUGGUUUAGAGGAGAACAGUCCAUGUAAAUAUUCUGAACUGCCAAAUGUGUUUGAUCUUCAAAGAGAAAAUGUGAAAUUGAAGAACGAUUAUCAAAAUGCGAUGGAGAAGGUAUCUUGUUUGCAAGAACAGAUAAAUAAUUCUUUGAGAAUGCAAAGGGGAAAAUUUGAUAAACACAGUCAAACUGUGGCUUGGAGUGGCUUGAUUCCAGCUUUGGGACCGAAAUCAUUGGACUUGAAAUGCCAGAAUAAAAAGAACUCGAGUCAAAUACCUCGACCCCACAAACCAGGCCAUCCCAUGAAUGGAGAUCAACUACAUCUAAAAAAACCUGAAAUCCUAAGAGAAAUGUUAUCCGAGUCUAAAAAUAGAAUCAGUGACCUGGAGGCUAAACUAGAGGCCACAGAGGGUACGGUUAGAAUACAAACACAGAAGAUGAAGCACUACAAGGCCAUUCUCCAGGAGCACGGCCUAGUGGCCAAAAGUCCAUGUGUCAGCCGAUCUCAUAGCGAGACCAAUCUUGCUGCUGCCAUGGCAACUGCCUCCAAAAUCCCUGUCCGAAAAAGAGCAAUGUCCAUUGAGCACCUCCAUUCUAUCGACAUUAACCAACCUAAUGGACAAAGCAGACAUGGUAGUGACAGCAGUGAGGGGUCACAGGAGGAAACCCUGCUCCCCUCCCAGACACUGGUCAACCUCCAGGAGAGAAUAUCCGUGCUUCAGCAGGACCUGCAGGAGACCAAGGACAACAACUCCAAACUACAGCAGAAGAUCUCAGCCCAGCAGAACUCGGAGCAAGUCAUUGCAGAGCUCAAAACCCAGCUGGGACAGAGCAGAGAGGCCAUUGACUCCCUGGAAAAGCAACUGAAGUCAUACCAGGGCUCAUCAAUGCAGGAGGUGCUGGAACUGCAGAGAGACGAAAUAGCUGGUCUGAGGAGAAGGUUAUGUGAUUCCCAGAACUCCUGUGUGCAGUUGAACCAAUGGCUUGGGGAUCUAAGUGGAGUUCUUGAGGGGCUGAGAGAUGGGGAGGGACAGUAUGCCAGCAUCAAGCAGAAAGUCCAGCAGACCAGAAAAGUGGCCAAGUCACUGUCUCACAUCCUAGAUUCUGACAGUGAUGAUUCUGGAAAUGAAGGUUGUCCUCCCCAGAGCAAUCACUCACCUGUGAAGUCACCCAAGAAAGAAGCAAAAAGGCUUGCAGAAGAAUUGGAGUCCAAGGAAGCAGAAAUCAAAUCAUUGAAGGAAGAACUAGAAGAGAAGAAAUCCUUCAUCGGUCGACUUAACACCAACCUACUGGUCGCCCAGAGACAGUUGUUAAUCUGGCAGGAUUGUGGAAAGGGUUCAUCCACGUCAGGCACCAGUGCUGCUGACGGAAACGUCUUUGAGAGUGGUCGGCAAGGGCCCAGGGAGGGAUUCCUGAGAGACAGCCUGUCCCCCUCCUCCCAGACCUCCAACAGACUGGCAGGGGAGCAGGACACAUCCAUAGAGAAAGUCAGGCACGGCAGUGGUAUGACUCAGAGUUCCCGAAGGUCCUCUGAAGACAUCGAAGUGCAGGACACCACGGUGACUUCGACUCAUACGCAGGGGUCUGUGCAUUCCCGGAGAGACCGUAUCCGAGACAUGGAUAAAGUGGAUUCAGGAAGGAAGGAUAAUGUUCCUUACGGGAUGUUUGGUUUUUGUUCGGAUGAGCGUUUAUAUGGUAAUGCAAGGUUUGCCGAUAGAGACAUGUUUGAGCAAAGUCUUUCUAUGAAUGGACAUGGUGAAAUGUCGUUCUUAGAAAAUAAAGACUUCUACGAGGAUGUCAGUAAAUUCAGUGAGCUGGACGACACUCGUGUGACACAGCGUUCAAGUUUCAUGAACAGGAGUGCGGCUGUUCAAACAGAAGAGGUUCAUCAACUGAAAUCCCGCCUAAAUGUGAUGGAGGACUUGAAUAAGACUCUGAAGGAUGAACUUGAGGCUUAUGAAAAUUUGUGUUCGUCAGUGGGGAUAAAGAGUUCCCCGAGGAAGUCUCCUCGAAAAUCGACAGAUGACAGUGAUCUGUUGAGAGAACAUCUGUCAGAAAUCCGGGCUCUGAGGAUCAAGCUGGAGAAAUCGCUCAAAGACAGCGAGAAGCUGAGCCAGAAACUACAGCAGGACAUGGAGGAGUCCCAUACAUCAAAUAACACCACUAAUGUUUACAUGUACACCCAACACCAAGCACACAUCAACGAACUUCAGAGAGCCAUCGACAAACUAAAGGCUCAGUUACGAGAGAAGGAAAACUGCAUCACAGAGAAAAUCACCAUCAUCCGAGAAAAAGAAAGGAUCAUCCACGAUUCCAAAACAGUCAUCACGGGAAAAGACGAGAAAAUCAACGAAAUCCUGAAGGAGAAGGAGGAGCUGAAGCUGUCCAAUCAGCAGACGUUGGUGGUACAGCAGAGGCGGAUCGAGAAGCAGGAUGAGACGAUGCGACAGCUGAGGGACAAGCUGGAGCUGCAGGUGGAGAGUCUGCAUCAACAGGAGUCCAAGCUGAAGGAGCAGUACGAGGUCAUCCAGAAACAGGAGCUACAGCUCACUCAGGUACAGGAUAAAUUAUCUGUGAAAGAGUCAACACUGGAAAAGCAGUAUGAGCUUCUACAUCAGCAGGACCUCCAGAUAGACAAGCAGCGAGAGCUGAUCAACCAGAAAGACCAGACUUACCGCUCGCUGGAGGAGGAGCUAGAGAGCACCACCGCCAAACUUCAGCAGCUACAGAGGGUUGCCACCACCACCACAGAUGAGGAGUCAGCAGAGCAAUGGAGGAAGGAGGCCCAGGGCCUGAGAGAGCAGAUGGAGAGGCUGGAGAAAACAGUCAGCUCCCAGAACAAGAAGAUGAGGCAGCAAGAGCAAUGGCUGACCGAGAAGGACAAGACCAACUACAAGCUGCAGCAGAUCCGAGACCGGCUGGACGACAAUCUGAAGAAAUCAGCUAAGGAGAUCAAAAGAUUGAAGGAGGAGAUGAGAACAUUGAGAGAUCAAGUCCAGGAAAACAAAGAUUUGAAUAAGACCCUUAAACUAGAAUUGAGUGUGUAUGAAAAGCUGGAGAACACAGAAAAUCAAGGCUGGAGCAAUGGAGAUGGGAAAAGCGGUGGCUUUGACAUGAGGGAAUUCCUGACGGAGAUCCGCCAUCUUAGAAGUCAGCUGGAGAGGUGUAUAGACACGAACAACGAGCUGAGGAAGAAGCUGGAGGAACACCUGGUGGCCAAGAACCAGCGACAGAGAGUUUCCAUGACCAACGUGUACUACGCCAAGGACCCAAGCCCCGUCACCUCACAGGGUACAGAUGCACCUGACGGACUGCCGAGUACGGAGCAGAUGUCAGGUGGAUUCAAAGUCCGCCAUGAAUCAGUGGAAAUCAUGAGGGGCACUGCUGAUCACGACUCUAUGAACAGCGUGUCCCAGGAUUCCUGUAUCAGUGACUGUGCUUCAGGUACUUCAUCAAAUUUUGGGAAACCUGGAUUCGGAAUUUCCACCUGGCCGCUGACGGCUGAUAACCCCUUGCAGGCCAUGAAGAGUAAGUCCAGUCCUGGUGGAACACUUGACAGGGUCGACCUGAGUGUGAUGUCCACCAAACUCCACCACUCUGAUGGAAACCUCUCCUACCAUGUUGACGACCCACCAUGUCUUGUGGCUGAAAUGACUUCUCAUCGGGUGGAUUCAGAUCUGCGGACUUUGUUUGCCAUCGGAAAACUGGACGAUUAUGAGAAGCUGAAGAAGGAGUGUGGGGAGACUUCUGUCGUACUGAAAGGGAUGGAGGCACGCAUUCAGGAACGACUGAAGAUAUUCCGAAACAUGUCCCCAAGAGAGAACAUGGAAUACAGCACCCUGAAGGAGCUGUCCCUCAGUGUGGAGAACCUGAGGAUCUGUCUGAACGAGGAGAAGUCCCUUCUUAGCUGUUUCUGGACCAGCUCCCUCCCCAAAGAGGGCGUCGAGUCCAAGCUCCUGUUUGAGAAUGAAUCUCUGAAGAAUGAGUUAUUGGCCAUCAAGUCCAAGUACUCAUUCCUGAGCCAGUUUGUACAGAGUGCGGAGGAGAGACUUCACGCCACCAAUCAGCAGAAACAGAACAUGGAGGACUUCAUCUACAGACAAUUAAAAAAGACUACCAAAGUGAUGGUGCAUGCCCGUGGAAACUUUGAGAAGAACCUGCUACAGUACGGGAUGACCGAGAAACAGGAAGACAGCCGGAGGAAACGGGGAUACAGUGGUGACCCUCCCGUGUGUAAAGACAAGUAAUCGAAGGUCGGUCGUGUGAUAACAAUACAGUGUUCAAAUGUGGACAUCGUCUGAUGAUAGCAGCAUUUGUAUCACCUUGUGUUCUGACUGUGACAGGACAAGUACACAGUGUAGUGCGUUUGAUUUACAGGAAGUUACCGUAUUAGAAGAAAAAUACCUGCAAUUUGACACUCAUAAUGAGAAAAUGCAAGUACAUGUAUAGGUCACUGCCCGAUAUCAUAACUUGUGCUUACCGGUAUAUUAUGAGAAAUGGUUGAUAUAUGUAAUAUGAAGCCAUGCAGCAGACGAUUGCUCAUCUCAUGUGACUUGAACCAGAAUGAACUGGUUCAAACCCGAAUCUCUGAAGCUUGCUUUGGUGAUUUGACCCAAUGUGCCAAUGAUUGACAUGUUAUUUUUAUGUUGUUUUUCUGCAUGUUGUGUUGAGGAUCUGUGUAUAUUUUUUUCUUCAAACGACAGUUCACUUGCCACCAAAUAACAAAAACACUUCAAUCAUUUGUCAUGUUCAUUAUAAGGGACCAAUGGCAUUGAUCAAUUUUAAAACAUCAUUGGUUAUUUAUUUUUUUUCAUGUGCAUUAACAUUAUACAGAUUUGAAGAAUGUAUAUUUUUGUUGAAAUAAUGUAACACCCACUCUUGUCAUAAUUACAGUGUUGUCUUCCUGUUCAUGUAUAAAUAUCAGACUUAUUUUUGUGUGCAAUACAUUGUAACCUGUAAUUUAUUAGCCAGAGCUUUCAACAGGUUCUGCUAAUGUGUCCAGUUUGAUUUCAUUUGAAAUGGCAGGCUCAAACAGUGGGAAGAAUUUUGUACUAACUUAUUUGUAAAAGGGGGAAAAUUAUACUUUACAUGUAUUUAUUCAAUCAGAUAAUCAAAAAUAUUGGUCUCUUCAAGGAAUAAAAUGUGUAAAAUUGAU